AUGGUUGUAGAGGAAGAAGUACAUGAGGGUGUGGAGUUGUCCAAGAACAUAGAAGCAAGAAAUCUAGCAGGUGUCUCAGAAUUCCACCUCAUGGGACUCUCAGAGGAUCCAGAACUGCAGCCCAUCCUCUUUCAAAUAUUUCUGAUCAUGUACCUGAUCACAGUGUUUGGGGAUCUUCUCAUCAUCAUGGCUGUCAGCUCUGACUCCAAUCUCCAAACCCCCAUUUGUGCAAGCAAUGUAGAAGUGCUCAAUCUAACAAGUGUCACUGAAUUCCACCUCAUGGAAAUCUCAACUGAUCCCGAAUUCCAACCCAUCAUCCUUGGACUGUUCCUGUCUAUGUACCUGGUCACAGUGCUUGGGAACCUACUCAUCAUCCUGGCUGUUAUCUCUGAGUCCAAACUCCAUAACCCCAUGUACUUCUUCCUCUGCAACCUGUCAUUGGUUGAUAUCUGUUUCAUCUCCACCACAGUCCCAAAGAUGAUUGCAGACAUCCAAACUCACAACAGGGUCAUUUCCUAUGUGGACUGCCUGACACAGAUGUCUCUUUGUAUCAUUUUUGCAAAUAUGGAUGACAUGCUUCUGACUGUGAUGGCCUAUGACCGGUUUGUGGCCAUCUGCCACCCCCUGCAUUAUCCAGUCACUAUGAACUCUCAUUUCUGUUGUGUCUUAGUUUUGAUGUCCUUUAUGUUCACUCUUUUGUACUCCCAACUGCACAAUUUGAUAGCCUUACAAUUUACCUGUUUUAAAGAUGUGGAAAUUUCUAAUUACUUCUGUGACCCUUCUCAAAUACUUAAUCUGUCCUGUUCAGAAACUUUUAAAAAUAGUAUGGUAAGGUAUUUUCUUUUUUCUAUAUUUGGUUUUGUUCCUUUCUCAGGAAUCCUUUUCUCUUACUACAAAAUUGUUUCUUCCAUUCUGAGAAUGCCAUCAUCAAGUGGGAAGUGGAAAGCCUUCUCCACCUGUGGGUCUCACCUGUCAGUGGUUUGCUUAUUUUAUGGAACAGCCCUUGGUGUGUACUUUGCUUCAACUGUAUCACGUUGUUCAAGCCAUGUUGUGGUGGCCUCACUGAUGUACACUGUGGUCACCCUUAUGCUGAAUCCAUUCAUCUACUGCCUGAGUAACAGAGACAUUAGUCAGACCUUGAAGCACCUACCCAAUAAAACAACCUUAACUCAAGCCCUGUGCCAUCUAUUUGGACUGUAG